AGUAGAUGGCGGGAGAGCGGAAAUACGUUAAAACAGGCGAAAAACGACAAGCAGAGUGAAAGUAAACCUGUAAGGUGGAGGAAACGGACAGUGAGCGCAGUGUAACCGUGACAACGAGACACGAGGACGGAUUUAAAGUGAUCAUAAAAUCGUCUCCAGACGGUCGUCGUUCGGUGACGAUAAUGGAUCUGUUUGCCAAAUGCCAUUAAGCUGUGAAGAACGAGAGGUGCUGUGGGUGUGUGGCCAUGGCUGCUGUUUGAUGAAGUGGACUGAACUUAAAGGAGAGACACAAAUUAAAGUACUGAUCCCGUCACAUUAGUGCGGAUUUGGUACCAAUACCACUGUCGGUAUCGCUUCUAUCAAUGCUUGUAUCGAUCCGCCCAGCCUGAGUUGAAGCAGCAAUGAGUUCAGCUCAGUAUCUGAGAGAGUUCAUCAAGAAGAGACUAACUGCUGUUUGUGAAGAAAUCUUCUCAGAGGUUCAAAAAACCAUCGUCCAGUAUGAGGAGGAGAUCAACCGUCAGCACAGACUGCUGGAUAUCAGCCGGAAACCCGACAGAAACUCUCACAUCAUAGGCCUCCCACAACAGCAUGACUGUGAGGAAGAGGAGGGUCUGGAUGAGGAGCACGUCUGUAACCAGCAGAGGAACUCCAGUCUGGACCAGGAGGACCCAGACCCUCCACAGAUUAAAGAGGGACAGGAGGAGCUCUGCAGCAGUCAGGAGGGAGAGCAGCUUGGACUGAAGCAGACUGAAGGCAUUAUCGUCUGGACUGAUGAAGAGCAGCUCAGACUGCUGGGGACCAUCUGGAAACCUGAGAUAAACUUGCACAGAAAGGACCUCCGACACCAACACAUUUGUGAGAAGGAAGUUCUCACAGACCAGCAGGUCUGUAACCAGGAGAAGAACUCCAGUCUGGACCAGGAGGAUCCAGCGCCUUCACAUAUUAAAGAAGAACAGGAGGAACUCCGCAGCAGUCAGGAGGGAGAGCAGGUUGAACUGAAGCAAGAGACUGAUAUCUUCAUGGUGACUCGAUCUUAUGAGGAAAGUGACCACAGUGAACCAGAGUCAAACAAAGAGCAGCUCCUUUUUCACAGCUCUCCUGAAGCAGAGAGCCAAGAUCAUGAAGACAAGCAUGUGGACUCAGAAUCAAGUAAAAAUGCAGAGCUGAAGAAGAGGAAACACAGUCAGAGCUUGGACAACACCACUGUGUCAGAGAGUCAAAGUAAAUCUGACAAAGUGAAAAAGUAUGUACAAUGUGAAAUCUGUGGGAAAACCUUACAUACAUCUAAUCUGACUGCACAUUUAAGAGUUCAUACAGGUGAGAAACCACAUUGUUGCACCACUUGUGGCAAAGGAUUCAUUCAGAAAUCAAAUUUGAAGCGUCAUUUGAGAACACACACAGGUGAGAAGCCAUUUACUUGUAGCACCUGUGGGAAAAGUUUCGGUCUGAAACCAGAGUUGCAACGCCAUCUAAGAAUUCACACAGGUGAAAGGCCACAUUGUUGUAACACUUGUGGGAAAAGAUUUACUGACCUGUCAGGGAUCAUAGCUCACAGGAGAGUCCACACAGGUGAGAAGCGGUAUUCUUGUAGUACUUGUGGGAAAAGAUUCAUUCAGAAAUCAGGAAUGAAAACGCAUGUAAGAAGUCACACAGGUGAGAAGCCGUAUUCGUGUAGCACGUGUGGGAGAAAAUUUAGUCAUAAAUCAACACUGCAAACUCACGUAAAACUUCACACGGGAGAGAAACCACAUUCUUGUAGCAUCUGUGGCAAAAGCUUUGUUCAAAAGCCACACUUAAGUAGGCACAUGAAAAUUCAUACUACUUGAAGUUUCGUGCUUAGAUAAGAUAGCUGUGAGUAGUAGUAGUAGUCUGUUGGUCAUAAAGCUCACACUGACCAGAAGUUUAAUGACUGCAACACUUGAGUGAAGAAGUCAGUAUUUUUUGUGUAGAGCAGAGCAGUAAAAAUAAAUGUUUUUUAUUUAAGGAUGAUACAUUAAGAUUUCUGCAUUUCAAAACCUAUCACAGCUGACGUAGGCUGAUAUGGGUAUGCCCUGGACAGGUCAGCUCCUGAGCUAAAACAUAGAUGGUCAAUUAUUCACACCUAUGGGCAAUUUGGCAAGUAACUAAUGCACCAGUUAAUAUAAAAAAGUAUAAAAUCAAACCCUUAAAAAACAGCAAUAACAACAAUAUUCAUAAUAAAACAAUCAGGUGUCACAAUAAGAUGCCUCUACAAAAACAGUUCCUGUCCACCACAAGACAGAGGGGCACAUCACAGUCCUGAUAUUUCCGGGGUGUGUCACUCCUCUUGCUGUCCACCUCGAGACGGUGUAUAAAUAAGCGUUUGCCUUUAGUGCCUUUUUGGACGGCACCGUUGUCUGUGACAAUGGGAACACAAUCUUCUCAGCUCUUCUGCUGUGAGGAAUGCCUGUCUCCAUGCUGACACACCAGCUCCGCCACAAAUUCUUUGUGUGCCAUGGGCAGCACCUGCAUGGCACUGAUCGCCUCACGGUGCAAGAUGAAUGCUUUUCUUGUCUCAAUCUCCAGGAAGUGUAAGAGCACAGUCCCGUACCUGCAGCAGUCUUGCUGUGGGUGGACUAAUACUGAAUGAACUGGUCUAGUAUGUCAGCCCCUCUCACAGCCCAGUGUCCAUCUGCAUCCUCCACCUUUCUCUUCACCCUGGACAUACAGGUGGAUGGUGGUGCACACAGGCACCUCCCACGUGUCCAUCCACUUCACAAUAUCAAGUGGGUCAUCUCUGAUCCAUCUCACAGAUCCUAAUUCGCAUUUUUUUUGUUGAGAGUAUUUUCCCUCCCUCCCAGGCAUUCCCUGUGUAGAUACUACAUGCACCACAUCUUGUGCUGGUCAGAUCCAGGAACAUUUGGGACUGGUACAAAACAACUGUCCAUGUAAACAUGGCAUCCUGUGCUAAGCAACAGCUGAAAAAGGUUCAUCACCACAUCAUAAGACAUAAGACAGCAUCACUUGCUUUUAAAGUCUUAACAGUGUAUGUGAUGAAUCUAAAGGUUGAUUCAGCCUAUGUAAAACCUUUCAUCCCUCAUUUAGUUGGUUUGUCCGUCAUGUAUUGUGUCAUGCCAGGCUUUGCUUUAGGUGCCACCAUCCUUUCAUCAACUGCCAGUUCCCUCCUCGGGUGUUAAUAAGCUGGCUGCCACAGAGGAUUUCAUAAUUUUUUUACCAUCUACUCAGGAUCAGUGAGGUGGAUGUUCCAAAAUAUGGCUCUGGACCUGUCUCUUGUCUAUAUGUCAUUGAUGGAAGGGGCACAGACAAGGCAUGA